UCCGUCCUUCUCUCUAUAUUCUUCUCCAAGAUCUCUCUCUCUCUAGAAACGCCACAGUGAGAAAGAGAUGUCGACAAAUGAGGAGAUUAAGAAGGAAUUCAGCCGUAGCGGUUUCGCUCUCGUGGAAGAAGACGAGAUUCUCGAGAGAUGUGUUACUCUCUGCAUAAACUACAGCUUGACGCCUUCUGAACUCGUUUCGAGCUGGGAGCUUUAUCAUCUCAAUCGACAAAGUGUUGAUCAAACUGUAAAGAAUGAGGAGAUGGAUGGGUUUCUACUGCAUCUACAGAACCAACAGAAAGAAUCUUUGAUGAAAGAGGAGGCUGGUCUGCAUAUCUACUCAAACAGAGAUGUAGACAUGCUUUUGGAUGGGAUUCCGGAAGAUACAGCAGACGAGAUCGUCACUACCCCUACAAACAAGUCUCAACGGUUACUCCCGGACCCGUUUGAUUCAGUAAGCAGAUCGAGGGAUUACGGUUACUCUACUGGGAAGUCAGCUGGGCAUGUGACUCCUUUUGGUCAACGAGUCGAAAAGUUUGUGGUGAGAUUCAACAUAGGUGAUGCGGCAGCGCAGGCAGAGAAUGGAGAUGGCAAUGAUGUGGAAAACAGUGAGGAUGAUAUGAUUAUUAAGAGAGUUCAGACAAGCCGCAGGUGUUCUCUGAAAGUCAGUGGCUUAGGCCCUAAACCGGGUUGUAGGUUCAUGUAUCACAGAACUGAGGACAGGUUUAACGCACUCGAGAAGCGGAUCGUAAGGCAUGCAGAUGCAUUUGCUGCGUCGGGUUUAUAUGAGGAACAGGUGGAUCCAGCUGUUGCUUCACAGAGAAGUAUAUUUGCUGUGGGAAUGAUUUGUUGUGAUGGAGAGGGGCAUUUGAAUGAUAAGUCCAUUCUAUUGCAGAGCAGCGCCGAGAGAACUUCAGGACAGCGUGUUCCACUGGACUUAAACAGACUAAAUCAGUUCUCUAUUUUUCCAGGCCAGAUAGUUGGAGUUGAAGGACAAAAUCCUAGUGGACACUAUCUCACUGCAUCCAAGCUGCUGGAUACAGUUCCUUUAUCACGCACUGCUGACUUGGAUCUACCUCCUGCUAAGAAGCAAAACUUGGAUCCGGAGGUCUUAACUCUCGCUGACGAAUCCCAUGAAAAUUCAGAGGUUUCAUUUAUAAUUGCAUCCGGACCAUUCACCACAUUAGACAACUUGCUGUUUGAGCCACUGAGUGAGCUACUAGCCCAUGCAAAAAGAAAGCCUCCACAGUUACUUGUGCUGCUUGGACCGUUUGUGGAUUCUGAUCAUCCAGAAAUUAAGAAAGGAACUGUUGAUGCCACCUUCAGUGAGAUAUUUGAAGUGGAAGUCAUCAGGAGGGUGCAAGAAUAUGUUGAAUUCAUGGGUUCAGAAGUACGAGUGGUUCUGGUUCCAUCCAUCCGUGAUGCUAACCAUGAUUUCAUAUUCCCACAGCCUCCUUUUGACAUUCACGUACCUGAUCUCGAACAUCAGAUAACCAGUUUGUCAAACCCUGGGACCUUUGAGGCAAACCAGGUGAAGGUAGGCUGCUGCACGGUGGAUGUAAUAAAGCAGCUGAGUGUGGAGGAGAUGUCGAGAAACCCAAGUGGAGUCCCCACUGAUCGCUUAGCCAGACUCGCUAGCCAUCUCCUUCGUCAGCGAAGCUUCUAUCCUCUGUAUCCACCGCCAGAGAGUUUCCCUUAUGAUUCCUCACUAGCUCCUCAGGCGCUCCAGAUUUCAUCAAUCCCGGACAUUCUCCUACUUCCAUCCGACAUAACGUACUUCGUGAAGGUUUUGUCCAUUGGGGAAGGGGAAGAUGCGGCCAAGUGUGUGUGUGUAAACCCUGGAAGACUUGCGAAAGGAGAAGGUGCGGGUACUUUUGUGGAGCUUACCUGCAAGGGUGAUCCAGAAUCGAUGCAUGCUUCAGUCAUCUCUAUUUAAGAUAGAAACUGCUAUAUAUGUUAGGCGAACUCUAUAGUAUUUCAUAUAUAAGAAAAAGCCUCUAGUUCCUCGCAUUUUUCUACGUUACCAUUAUAAUCAGUUUAAUUCGAUAUUUUAUCGUUGAGCAUCA